AUGUAUUUCAAAUAUGCUAUCUAUAAUCCGUUCAUAGAUUCACUUAUUCAGCAGUUCAGUGAUCGCUUUGGAGAUAUGGCAGCUAAGUCUGUUCAGGCACUCCAAGUCCUUCAAUGUAACGCAGCUCCUACUCUGAGCAAAAAUGCAAUCGAAUUCUAUAAAAACGACUUGCCGUCUUAUAGCACACUGCAGCAAGAGCUACGACUGUGGAAAGCAUUGUGGGAGGCAGAAGAAAACAUCCCCACAACACUUUCAGACACGUUAUGCGACAAACGGUGUUGUAAUAAAAUGUUUCCCAACAUCACAUGGAUAAUUAAUAUCAUGCUAUUAACACCAGUGACAUCGGAAGGUGUAGAAAGAGCCAACUCAUCGCUUAAAUUUAUCCAAAAUCAUUUUAGGAAUACAAUGAGUGAAGAUCGAUUUAACGCUCUGAUAUUAUUGUACAUUCACAGAGACAUAGAGCUAGACAUAGAUGAAAUCAUUGAUACUUAUGCUCACUUCAAACAUAGAGUUCAAAAAGUAGAGAAAUUGUUUGAAGCAAUUGAGGAGAGCCACGGUGAGCUUGUCAGCUUGAUUGAAGAUGAAGAGGAAUUCCUAGAGGAAGAACAAUGGAUGGAAAGGUGCCAAACAGAGUUUAUGGCAGAGAUGAAUGCAAUGAAAAUUAAUAUGACAGACCAAGAAAAUCAGUCGAAGCAAACUACAAGUGCUCAAGCAGUUAGUAGCAGUAGCAGUGGUGUAGCAGAGAUGAAACCGACGUUGAAGUUAAAGCGGAUGGAGUUACCAGUGUUUGACGGAGAUGUGAAGAAGUACAGUAGAUUUAAAGAAGAUUUUACCAAGUUUGUUCAGCCAUCCACACAUCCGGAUCAGUUAGCAUUUGCCCUCAGGCAAGCAUUAAGUAGGGACCCCUUGAGAAUUAUAGGACCGGUUGAGGACGAAUACGAGAAGAUGUGGUUGAGGCUAGACGAGAGAUACGGGUGUGAAAGAAAAUUAGUAGAAGCAAUAAUCAAUGAGGUAGAAAACAAGAAGGAAGUAAGAGAAGGUGAUGGAAAGAAAUUAAUAGAGUUCAUUGACGUAGUAGAAAGCAGUUACAGAGCCUUAGUGAAAAUCAAGCAAGAAAGUGAAAUGUCAAAUAUGAAGGUUCUUGGUGAGAUCGAGAGAAAGCUACCUGAUACGGUGUUCCAGAGAUGGGUGAGAGAUAGAAUAAAGACCGAAGAUAAAAAGGCAGAGGAGGAAGAUGUAAUAGUGAUGUUGAUUGAGUUUUUGAAGACGGAAAGAAAGAGAGUUGAGUAUACUAUGGAAACUAUGAGAAGUAACCAUUCGAGCCGUCAACAAAUACCUAAAUCGUCUGCGGUUCUGGCGGCGGAUGUUCAAAGAGUACCACAACAACUCUGUUUAAUACAUGAUGGUGCCAGACAUAACACAGAGGAGUUCUCUUAUACACAUCUAGAUGUGUAUAGAGUAAGCAUACUAAAGGACAAGAGGGCAUGUUUCUGCUGCCUAAAGACAGGACAUAUUGUUGCAAGAUGCUGGAAGAAGAGGCCGUGUGGAAAGAAUGGCUGUACACGGGUGCAUCAUCCUUCCGUACAUUUUUUGGUAGGAGACCAGAAGAGCCAGCAGUCAGGAACAAUGGCCACCAUACAAAACAACAUGCACAACAAUGAGGUUGGGUGCUUAUUGCAAGUUAUGAGUAUUAAGUGCAGAAAAGGACCCUGUCUAAACGCCAUGUUUGACAGUGGAGCAAUGUCCUCACUUAUAACACAUGAGGCGGCACGUGUCAUGAAGGCGAGAGGAAAGCCAGUGACCAUAAAAAUUACUAAAGUGGGUGGUGAAUCAAGCACAAUAGAGACAACACGAUACCAGGUGCCACUCAUAUAUAAGAAUGGGGAAGAAGUAGUGAUCGCCGCAUAUGGCAUUGAGAAAAUUACAGCGAUGGUAAAGCCACAGGAAAGCAAGAAACUGGCGAAAAUACUGGAGGUCGACCAUGACAAGGUCCGAAGACCUGUGGGUGAUGUCAACAUUUUGGUUGGAUACGACUAUGCAGGAUUCCAUCCACGUGAGGUAAAGAAAGAAGGCCACCUACUGCUUCUGGAGUGUAGGUUUGGGAUGUGCAUCGGAGGAGCUCAUCCAAUCUGCAGAGGUGAGAAUUGUGCAACAGAAAUUAGUUUGCUCGAAGUAAAACAUAGAGAGUUUUUUGACAUAGAGAGCUUAGGCAUUGACUGCAAUCCAAGGUGUGGCGGUUGUAAAUGCGGUAAGUGUCCGCUUGGUGCGAAACAAUACACUUUGAAAGAAGAGCAUGAGUUGAACAUUAUUGAAGAAGGGCUAACCUACGAAGAGGGUAGAUGGGUAGCAAAAUAUCCAUGGAUCAAAGACCCGAAGCUGCUUCCAGAUAACCGAGCUGUGGUUUUUGCGAAGUUAAAGUCUUUAGAAGCUCGCCUAGGUAGAAACCAGGAAGCAGCCAAAGUGUACAAUGAGCAGAUCGAUGAUAUGAUUGAAAGGAAGGUGGCAAGAGAACAUUGCCAUAGAUUCUUGUGGAGAGGGCUUGAAACAGAGAAACCACCAAAAACUUACUGUGUAACGGCAGUAAAUUUUGGCGACAAGCCAUCAGCCACCAUAGCUAUCGCAGCAUUACGAAAAACAGCGGAAGCGGGUAGAGAGAAAGCUCCUGAAGCUGCAGAUACUAUACUAAACAACGUCUACAUGGAUGACGUGUUGCAGUGUGUAGAGACAAGAGAAAUGGCUGAAAGGCUGACAAAGGAAGUGGAUUGUCUGCUAAAACCUGGAAACUUUUCUAUAAAGGAGUGGAUAAUAUCUGGAGAGGAGAGUGGGGAAAAGCAAGACCGAUCUUUGGAGACAAAGAAGGUAUUAGGGAUCUGUUGGAAGCCGAAAGAAGACCUAUUAACCUUUCAAGGAAACUUCAGUAUGUUUCAUGAUGUUCCUCAACCGCUUACAAAGAGGAUUUGUUUGAGCAAAAUUAAUGCAGUGUGUGAUCCAUUGGGUCUAUUGACGCCAGUGACUGUGAGAGCCAAGAUUCUACUAAGGAAGUUAUGGGGUGAAGGUCUUGCGUGGGAUGAGCCAAUUAAAGAUGAAUAUCAACGAGAGUAG